GAGAAGAAGGACAAAGGCAUGGGCCCUUUUAAAGCCUGCAAACACAAAUGAGUGCUGCCACUGCACACUUCACACUUCACUUCACUUUUCCUUUUCUUCUUCAUAUUUUUUUUUCUCUUCUCUCUCACUCACUCUAUAUAAUAUAAUCUCUAUCUCAGUAGUAGUAUUAGUAGUAGUAAUGUUUGGUUUUGUCAUAAACAUCAAAAAGGUCUCUCAUUUAUUUCAUCAUCAUCAUCACAAUGAUCAUCAUCUUCAUCUUCUUCUUCAUAAUGUCUAUUGUUUAUUAGUUUUGCCUUUUGAUCUUUCUUUCUGAUAUGAUUUUCUCAGAUGGGUGUCUGUCAUUUUCUUUCAAUGAAUAAACUAUUUAUGAGAUUAUUAUUAUUAUGAAUCUCAUUAUUAUUAUGGGUCCAGCAGACUACUCAAUUUCAGUUUCUUGGGUUUUGUGUUCUUCAUGCAAACAAAAUUAUACAACUUUUUAAUUAUUUAUUUAAUUACAAAAAGAUAUUUAGUAUUUAGAAAGGUGGGGGAUAAUGCAUGAGGGUAUGUUGGCCUUUUACUCAUUCUUUUUUUUUGUUUUUUGAAUUUUUCAAAAAGACCACUUUUUUUUUUUUCUUUCUUGCUUUUGAUUGUGCUCUUUUUCUUUGCGUACAAAGAUAAAUCAAAGCAUAGCUUCUGAACUCUGCUGCAUUUUUUUCUUUUUUACCUAUUUUUGGUACCCAAAAGAAAUCAAAUACAUAUAUUAUAUAUAUACACACAUUUGAUGGUUUUGUCAAUCCAUAGUAUCAAAAACAGAACACUUUAUCUUUUGAAAGUUCGGAAAUUUUCCAAGGUCUGAUUUGGGACAAUCCCAUGAAUCUUCCUUCAUUGAAAAUUCCCAACUCUCCAUCAUCAUUUUUGCCUUGAAAAAAGCUUUUGAAAGGAACAACAACCCUUCACUUCACUACUCUUUGUAAGGGUCAGUUUGAUGGUUAUAGUAGCUUUAGUCAUGGACACAAACACACAAACACAAGGUCAAUAAUGAUACUUCUUGAAAGCUAAGCAGACCAUCGAAAGUGAAGAUCUUGUUUGUGUUGAGUGAGAGGGGUUUGAUAAAAAGCCAUUUGAAACAGCUGGCGACUGCUGCUAUGACAGUGGUUCUGGGCUGAGUUUUUUCGUGAUAUGGAGAAUAAUCAAGCCUUUAACAUAACACAGGAAAUGAUCAUGACAAGCCGAAAUGAUCUUACCGCCAUGAACUCCUCCUUUGUUCUUCAGUCUUAUCUAGAUGAUUUCAGUUAUUCUAACCCCUUGUUCUAUUCCUACAAAAGGAGUUUUAGUAGAGAUGAGGCCUCCUCGCUCGGCGGGGUUGGCAGUAGUUCUAGUGCCAUGUGUAAUAGCACUGAGUUACAAGAGGAAGCUGCUAAAUUCAUGGCUGCAAAGGCUGCUGCUGCUGCUGCAGGCCAUGGCCUUCAAGAAAACCUCAACAACUUGGCCAUUUCGGUUCCUCAAAUGUACUCAUCAGAUGAUGUUUUAUCUGGUUUUGUUUCGAAUGAAAACAACAACAACAACUCUUAUGUCACUUAUAAUCAUCAGUGGGGUGAUGUAGAGCUUGUUGGGAAGACUUCAGAAUUUCAUCAAACGUUUGAUCCAAAUGUAUGGAAUAGUAAUAAUAAUCAUAAUGGUUCUUCCGAUUUCAGUAAUGAACUCUCUCUAUCUCUGGCCACAUCUCAGCCCUCUGUCAUCACAGGGAUGGCUACUACAAUUCCAGGCCAAUGCUCGGACAUGUCUCGCUCUGCCGCUCUGCCUGCUCGCAACACCGAAACAGUGCUUGUAUCCGAGCAAACUUCUUGCAACAACAACAAAGUUAUUUCGCCGAGUUUUGGUUCUUAUAGGCCCCUGCAACUCUCCCAAGUGAUAUUAGGAUCGAGAUAUCUGUCUGCAGCUCAAGAAAUUCUUGCUCACUUUGCAAGCUUUUCGCUCGAAAACAUCGGUCAUGAUCAUUCAAGUAGUAGCUACUUGAUGAACUCUUGCUCGUUAUCAACAAUGUCGCCAAUGGAUUCAACCUCUGAUGGUGGUAGGCUUGAAGGAGAAACUGAAUCUGAAUCGCACCGACGACAGUUGGAAACAAAGAGAGCCAAGUUGUUGUCUUUGCUACAAUUGGUUGAUGACCGCUACAACCAGUGCUUGGACGAGAUUCACACGGUGGUAUCAGCCUUCCACGCAGCAACCGAGCUAGACCCUCAAAUACACGCUCGUUUCGCUCUCCAAACAAUCUCUGUAUUGUACAAAGGUUUGAGAGAAAGGAUCAGCAAGCAUUGCCUGGCCAUGGGAGCCACGAGCUUCGAUCAGCUUGGGAGGGAAAGCAGUGGCAGUGACAAGUCCUUCGAAACCUCUUUCAUACAGAAACAAUGGGCUCUUCAACAGCUGAAGAAGAAGGACCAGUUAUGGAGACCCCAAAGAGGGUUGCCUGAGAGAUCUGUGUCUGUUCUUAGAGCUUGGAUGUUUCAGAACUUUCUUCAUCCGUAUCCCAAAGAUGCAGAGAAGCAUUUGCUUGCUGUAAAGAGUGGGUUGACAAGAAACCAAGUAUCAAACUGGUUUAUAAACGCCAGAGUUAGGCUAUGGAAGCCAAUGAUAGAAGAAAUGUAUGCAGAGCUGAACAGAAGAAAGGAAAACAACAACCAAAGAAUUAGUAUCAACGACAACAACAACAACAACAUUAAUCAAAUUCAAAGAUACAAUUAAUUAAAUCUCAAUUAAUGAAAAACCCUAAAUUUUAAGUUAGCCAGAAGGUACACACCAAAAUGGGAAAAUUUUUAUUUUGUUAUUUUUUUAUUAUAUAUAAUUAUUAAUUAGGAGGUUCAUGUAUUAUAUUCAUUAUUAUCGAGUCAACAAAACUUGUCCAAUCUCAAUUAGUGUAUGUUUUAAGUCUUUUUUACAAUUUCUUUUAAGUGUAAAUUGUUUUUCUUUGAAUGAAGUAUAAUAUC